UCCUCCUCUCCCUCUCUCUCUCUCUCCUCUCUCUCUCUCACACACACACACACUUGCACAGUGUUACCAGUCAAAUUGCCAUGGACUCUCUCACCUUCUCCACGCCGCUCGCCCACCACCACUCACUCCCCUCCCUCCGCCGCCCCUCCCUCCUCCAAGCUCCGCCUCCCGCCGCUCUCUCCUUCCACACACAGAAACCCCUCAACUCACCCCUCAAAUGCUCCUCCCUCUCUUCCUUCCACCACCAAACCCUCACUUCCCCGGAAUCCCUCCUCUUCCACCUCUCCCCCUCCGCCGAGCAGGCUCCCCCCACCGCCACGCGCGGCGCGGACACCGAUGCCAUGGGGCUGUUGCUCAGAGAGAGAAUUGUCUUCCUGGGGAACCAAAUUGAUGAUUUUGUCGCCGACGCUAUCAUCAGUCAGCUGAUCUUGUUGGAUGCACAGGAUCCUAAGAAGGAUAUUCGCCUCUUCGUCAAUUCCCCCGGUGGCUCACUCAGUGCGACAAUGGCCAUCUUUGAUGUGGUACGUCUAAUAAGAGCCGAUGUCUCCACAAUCGCACUAGGCAUUUCCGCAUCAACAGCUUCAAUCAUACUCGGUGGUGGCACUAAAGGCAAACGAUUUGCGAUGCCCAACACACGAAUAAUGAUACACCAGCCACUCGGUGGUGCUAGCGGGCAAGCCAUAGACGUCGAAAUUCAAGCUAAGGAAGUUAUGCAUAACAAGAAGAAUAUCACAAGCAUUAUUUCUGGUUUCACUGGCCGAUCAAUCGAACAAGUCGAGAAAGAUAUUGAUAGAGAUCGCUAUAUGUCCCCAAUUGAAGCAGUUGAGUACGGCAUAAUCGAUGGAGUUAUUGAUGGAGAUAGCAUUAUCCCACUUAUGCCCGUUCCUGAUAGGGUUAAGGCGUCUAAUUUCAAUUACGAGGAGAUUAGCAAAGACCCCCGAAAGUUUUUGACUCCAGAAAUCCCUGAUGAUGAGAUUUAUUAGUUGUUUAAGAGUUAUUACAGAUGAAGAGGGCAACUCAGUUUGGAUUGAUUUUUCUAUGCCGGGAAACAAUUCCGUGUUUUAUUACCGUUUGCAUUUGCUGUAAGAAGGUUUCCAGUUCCAGUUGUGGCAAGAACAUCACUGCAGGAUUUCAUUAUCCGAUUUUUUCUCAUCUGGUAAUGUUAGGGGAUUCGCGUUAAUUUCAGGCAAAUGCCUAGGGGUGAAAUUCUUGAUUGUUUGCCUGUAAUAUACUAUGUUACUGUUAUUGCGCAUUUUAUCAUUACAAGAAACACGAAAAGCUCGUUCGGAGCUUGUUAUUAAAAAAUGGGGAUAUUUGUUGUAGAAGUAAUUACUUUUAGAAAUGAUGCAGCAGAAACUUGUGAUCUGGGUUGACUCAGUUGUUAGUUGUUGUUUGCCUCUGGUGGUGUAGUAUAAAUCGAUCUUUAAA